ACAAAAUGGCAGCGCCCAGUGUGUCUCUCAUGCUGCUGGGCUGAAGCUGGAAAGGCAACAAAGAAUUUAAAGAGGACCAAGAGAAAUACUUUAGCUCCUUCAACUAACCAGUGUGUGCUGUUUUAUGCUCAGAACAGUCAUGGCAACUCCUGGAAAGCAGACUAAAAAGGAAGCCAAAAAGCAGACUCCAGCCAAGACCGCCUUCACCUCACCUUUUGCCCCAAAUUGGAGCCCACUUCCCCAAGAGGACAUGCAUUUCAUCCUGAAAACUUUGAAGGACAAGCUAAUCUCCACAGGUCUGGAGAAGAAAGAAGUGAAAGUGUUUCGCCCAUGGCGGAAAAAGAAAGGCAAGAAACCUGAUGUUUCAUCGGAACCGGUUCCCCAGGUGAGCCAGGACGCACAGGUGAGCGAUUCUUCCAAAAAUGGCUGGACAGAUGUGGCAGCCAGACGACAGCUGGCCAUCGGCAUCAACGAGGUGACCAAGGCUCUGGAAAGGAAUGAGCUCAAACUGCUGCUCGUGUGUAAGUCUGUCAAACCGAAACACAUGACGAAUCACCUGAUAGCUCUGAGCGCAACCAGAGGCGUGCCAGCCUGCCAGGUGCCUCGUCUGAGCCAGAGCGUGUCGGAGCCGCUGGGGCUGAAAAGCGUGCUCGCCCUGGGGUUCAGACAGUGCUCCUCCAGAGAAGAUGAGGUGUUUACUGACACGGUUGAUGCCAUUAAACCCAGAGUACCUUCACUGGACUUAGCGUGGCUGCCAGGUGCUGUACCUGGAGUCACACCUGAAGACUCCGUUGCCAUGGAGGAGGAGAAAGGUGGUGAGACAAGGGGACAAAAAAGAAAACUGGAGAGUGAAUCUGAGGAGGUGACAGAGUCUCCCUCCUCUUGCACUCUGCAGCCACUCCAAGUGAAGAGAAUCGUUGCGAACCCUGCAAAGAAAAGGAAAAAAAAGACAAAGAAAUAGCUACAAAAUGAAAAGGAGACUUUAAGGACGGUUUAUUUUUGUAUGUUUAGCCUCGGAGAUUCCAAUAUUUGCUUUUGUUUAUUUUGGUAGGCCAAAGUGUCUACUGUAAUAAAGUAUUUCAGCCUGUUUCCUGUGGCAUGUUAUAAAGGAGUCAUCACCCAUGUUCCUUUUUAAAGUGAGUUUAUUCAAUCAAAUAUCCAUGCUGGUCUAGCUGACAUGUGUUGAAACAGAUUGUUAUUUCCAUGGGGUCAUGUUUAAAUGAUGCUGGUACAAGUUCUUCAG